CCACAGAAGAAGACGCACGAAUAAAGUUUUGUAUACAAAAAAAGAAGGACGAGGAAAAGAAGGAAGAAGGUGGACGAAGAGAAGAUCAGCCAUUUUCGUGAGGUCGAAAUCUGCAGUGCAGGGAUGCCAAGACAUUGCUCAGCGGGUGGCUGCAAAUCCCGGGACAACCGUGAGACACGUAAUGCUGGUAUCACCUUUCAUAAAUUACCAAAAGGAGCAAUUCGGAGGAACCUUUGGAUCACCAACUCCCACCGUGCAGACUCCUGGGAUCCUCAGACUGAUUUUGUCUACUUCUGCUCCAAACACUUCACCCCAGAGAGCUUUGAACUGACUGGAUGCAGUGGGAUCAGAAGACUAAAGGAAGAUGCAUUUCCUACAGUGUUUGAUUCCUCUUCUUCAGCCAAAUGCAAAAGACAAGGAGCACUGCAGACACAAGAGGACAUACCAGUCAGGAAGAAACCCUGCUCUGCUGACGAGGAGAAGGCUCAGCAGGAUACAGACAAGGGCCAAACCUUAGAAGAACCCACAGUUCAGAGGUCAGUGGGUACAGCUGAUGAGACUAAUGAAAACAUACCUGCAUCUUCUCAAGAGUCAUCAGGGGCUGAGCAGCUCUUGCAGCAAGAAUGUCCAUCACCAGCACCACGUCCCCUGUCCCCAUCACGGUACAUGAGGCGCUUGCCCCCUCCUCCAGGCUUCUACCUGUCGAAGGAGCACAGCUACGCACAGCUCUGCCCGCUGCAGUGGAGGAGACGUUACGACCAGGCUAUUGACUGCUUGGAGAAGGCCCUGCGACAGUUGCACGCAGCCAGGCGGAGGGAGAACCGCCUGCGGAGCACUGUGCUGAGGCUCCGUGAUAAACGACUGAAGCACACUCUGCUGUUGUCACAAGAUGGUUGUAAAAAUAGAGGGAGCUGGACACCAGGUGGGGAGAAGAGACGAGGCAAAGGAGGUUCUAACCAGGAGGAAAGUGAGACUGAUGCUAAAUCUGAGGACACGGGAAUGUUUGAGGACAGAUGUGUGGAUCAGAUGGAGUUGGGAGAUCGUUUUCUUGCAGACACUAACAGCUGGUCUGAGGAGGAGAAGGGAUACUGCAUUUACUGUGGAAGAGGGCAGGUUGGCGGUCAGGUAGCUUGCAGAGUUACAAAGACUGGGAAAGAUGUCCAGCCCACAUUGCACGAGGACUCUCUGAAGAGUCAGAGAAGUGUUGAAACUAGUAAUUGUGACACAAGUGAAAAUGCCAAAGACAUACAGAUAGUCAGGCUGGAAAGACCACCUGGAAAAAGAGUAGAAACCAGUGACUCAAAUGUAACAAAUUCCCAAUUCUUGCUCCAAACUCAAGGUUUUCAACAUGCAGCUGGAGUGUCUCUGUCCGAUACUCAUGAGCAGAGUUUGCACUUUUUAGGCUCUCAACAGAAGCUGCUGCUCUCUGACAUGUGUGAAGGGGAGACAGAAAGUAUUGGUCAGGAGCAUCACCUGGACCUGCAGCAGCAGCAGCUCUUUUGGAUACAGGACAGUGCCGAGGGACAGGUCAUUCUGGUGCCUGUCCCUGCUGAAGAUGGUUUACAAAGCUUGCUCAAGACGGACGGAGUCGCUGAUGAAGCGCAGACCAUACUUGUGUCAGAACUUAAAGCAGACUUAGGGCAUAUGACGGAGAACAGCGAAUGUCUGUCUAGAGCUGAAACGACUUGUGAUGAUGAUCACAGUGAUCAGCAUUCUGUCAUUAACACUACACCAGUGGCAAUGGGAGAAGAUGUGAGGGAGAAACUGAAAGAACAUCUGGAAGGAUUUCACCUCCAGCUGAGCACUGAGUUUAUAAACUGACAGGAGUCACUUUGUUUUCUGAAUGAUUCAGUUGUUCCAGGCUAUUUUGCCAGCAUAUGCGGUGUGUUGUGUGGACCUAAAUUUGUAUUUCACAGGAUGCUUGGCCUCUGGAAUGUAUGACAACACUAAAGAAUCAGCUCUGCAGUCAGAUGCAGUUCCUUCAAAGAAGCUUGAAAAAGAUUCAGUGCUUAGGUAAAAAGAUAAAAAUGAAUGGAUAAAUGUUUUUUUUUUGUGUAGAGCCAAACCAACAGGAAAUGUAUCUAUGAACAAGUACUGUGUGUGUAUCAAAGCCUGAUAUAUUUUCUUCAUCUGUGCUGUUCGCCUUAUUCACCUGUGUCACCAUCUUAAACCAAAAUAAGGCCGAGGAGGAUGGAAGUAACAUUGGAACUCGGGGUACCAGCAAUGCAGCCUCACUGCUGAGUUCCCAAAUAUACCUCUUCCAAAAGAAAGAAAUCUUGUAGAGGUCAAACCUUCCAUCUUUUUCCCAAAGAUCCUGCACUUCGCUGUGAAUGGAUUUACAAAAUAAAAAGAGAUCCUGAUCGCUGUUUCAAGAUCCACAUGGACACAAAAGAAUGUUCAUAUCACUUCACAGAAGAGUCUUUCUUGAAGACCUUGAGCAGAAAGUGAAAGCUGAAGAAUUGUGCUGUGUCAACUUUGUUUGCCUGGACUGACAGCACUGUGAGGCCUGUAAGGAGGACUAUUGUCAGAGGAACUACAAGUCAUGCAACCACCACCACAAGACAAUGUUCUGCAGGUUGGUGUAAAUUCCAAUGAGUUGAGUGAAGAUACGACCCUUCCACACCCUGACAAUGAUUAUAUUGAAUGGCCCCUACCACUGGUCAAGCAACUUGAGGAAGCCCACAACACCAUCAGUGAUCGAGCAUAGCAGCAUCAAGAUGAGCAAGUUCUCCUUUCAAGAUUUCAGGGCGACAAUAAGGACAUCGUGGUUUUCUAAGUCUUUCCAGAUUACAACACACUCAAAGCAGGUGAAAACAUGGCAGGGUGUAGUCACAGCGAUUAAGGCAGGCUGGUGAGGAAAUGCUAAGGCAGGGGUUUAUCAUUCUGAAACUGGUGUCAUUGACCAGUUUUUCCUUUUUUCUUUGUCACCUGAGGCAAGGUUUUCCUGAGCAGGAAGGCUUUAGUGUGUCACAGUCAGCUGGAAGCAGGGUCUGCGUCACCUGGACACACUUCCUACAUUUCAUGGAUCACUUAAUAUUUGGCCUUUACGAGAAACUGUAACGAGUAUAUUCCUCCUUUUUUUUGCAAAGAAAUUACCCACCUACAAGAGUUAUAUCAGACUGUAUGGAAAUACAUGUGCAGUGACCUAGCUCAAAAGUUUGCAACUCUGAAAUAUACUCUCACUACAAAGGUACUAUCACCUUAAACCACCCUAAUUGGCAUUUCUCCAUCAUGGGAAAUGACAUUUGUCAGUGACCUGUAUGCAGGUUCAUUAACUGAUAAGACAAUCAGGGAUCCUGUCUUUAACUGAGAGGGGUGAUAAAAUUAAUAGAUUAAUUAGAUUAAUUCCAUACUCGAUAUGUUAUGAUCCACUAAAGUUAGGAAUAAUACGAGAUAAGAAUAUCCCAGUUUUUCUUAUCUUUGCCACCAUUUUACCUGUAAGGGAGCUGAGAGGGACUAUUGAGUGAGAUUCAAAUCUUUGUCAUUCCAUUACUGUCAUGCAUACGUGCUGGGCAAACAGCCUGCCAUGCGCUGCCUGUGCCCCACCCACAUUUCCCCAGACACACCUAAUGGAGAUUUGCAAUCAACUGAGUGCACUUUUCUAGUUCUGUCAGGCUGUUUUACAAUUAAGAUUUUAUUUAUUAAUUUUUUAUAUGCAUCAAAAGUAACCUAUGGGCCAGCUGUGUAUCAGUGAAUAGAAAUUAAAAGAAUUCCACAGUGGAAAAAUAAAGCACUUUUAUUAAACAGAGACUUCCGUGUUUCAUGUCAUACAUUGGCACAAGGCAGGCAGGAAGUAUAUCAAAAACAAAAUGUCAAGUUUGGAUUUCAUAUUCUUCAGGGUUUAAGUAGACACGCUCCAGGUUAUUGUCGUAUUGGCACCAUGCCAUAUCAGUUACACCCAUCGGGUCCAACCAUCUAGAGUUGGUACUCAUAUAUGGUCUUCAAAGCAUAGGUGCCAUCAGCCUUGCAGUACAAAUAUGCACAGUCUCUGAAGCUGUCCCUGUCUGGAUGGUUGAUUGUCUAUAUGUGGGUGCUGCACUAAGGUCACGCACUUUACUGUCAGGCGAGGCACCCAGGUGUGGAGCAUGGGAGUAAGUCACAAAUCUGCAAGGGCUGACUUCAUUUCCAGUGAUGUCCUUGUAGUCACCAACUGGCUUUAUUUUUAGGCCUCUCUUUCUUUUGCUUUAAGUUUGUGUGCACAGUUUCAUCACGUUGGAUGCCAAACCAACAGGUUUUCUUGAAUGAUGAUGUCAGUCUUUUAGCUCGUACUUGAUGCCAGGUCUUGCUGUUGCUUUGUCCUCUGGGUUUUAUAUGCUCUGCAGCACACUGUGUGACAGCCAGGCUACUGUAGUAGUACACUUCAGUGUCAUCUAGGACAGAGGAAUGUGGCUGUGGUGGUAGGGAAAGCUGAGGUUACUUUUCUCUGGCAAUAAACAGUGGACUGAGUUUGAUAAUUUGAUACAGAGACCACCAAAGAUUGUGGAGACCAGAUGGACUAAAAUUGGACCAAAUUGGAGAUGAUGUUUUUCCUUUGGUGGUGCAUGGGUCAUUGGUGGUUUGAUUAUGGACACUGUCUCAGUGCCAACUGCUCUAAUAUUCUCGAUGGAACAGGCAGAGAUGUUUUGCAUGCAGCUUUUCAAAAGCUUUUUAUUGUCAUUUCCAUAACCUGUCUGAGAAGUACUUGCAUUGUUGGAAGAAUCAUACCUGAAAUUUUUGUUUAGUUCUGGAAUGAAAUAAAAGAUUAAGCUGCCCCCACUAUUUUUUUUUAAUAAUAUAGGUACAAUCAAUGACUAUCCUAUAUUACUAAGCUCACUUUCAUAUACAUUAAAACAAUGGGUUAAAAUGGCUGAAGUGGAAA